UUACGGCGUGCAAAAAAUAAAGCCUGAUAACCUUUCCUUCACAAUAAGGACACGAUUGACGGAUUAGGCCGAUUUAGAAGGACGGAAUGCCAUUUUAAAAACAAGCUUCUGCAGCAGUCUUACAACAUGGAAUAAUUCUGGUGAUGUGUCUUUCUACACAUUGUCCUUUUAAACAUAAUCAUGGAGGGGCGUGUGAUCACCUUGUUGUGUUUGGCGUUCGUUUUUGACUUUGGUCUCAGCAUGGAGUUCCCUGGUCUCAGUGAACCAAUGCCUAUGGACGGCGAUGCGUCGAGAUGCGUUGUUCCAAAAGUUGAGCUAAAAAUGCUCAAACCAGGGAUACCCACUCAUCGAUCAUCGACCAGUCGGUCUCGGAGCAGCACGUACCAACAAAUGAAGUUUGAAGUGGUGUACGACGAGUCAGUCACGAAUUCAUCGAUGAGCGUCUCCAUCAUGAAUUUAACCCGAGAGACAGUGGACCUGAUAUCCCGACAACUCCAAGUGAAGCAAGAAUCGCAGGACUACAUUUUCGACAGGCCGUGUCGGACUGGUUCGUAUGUAAACUACAAUGGAACAGUGGUCAAUUGUACAUGUGCCGACUACGUGACGACUUGUGGUACAGCUACGUUGCCCGAACAUCAUCUACAACCGUGCUCCACAUGCAAGCGGGAUGAGAACGGGACAGAGUACGACUGCGUGCCCGAACCAGGAGGACCCGCCGAGAGAGGCGUGAGCGACGUUCAUUACGUUCUCUACGUCACCGCCAUUGCCGGUGGUCCCUGCCAGGGAGGCGUCAUCGGCUUUGCUAGUGCGUGCUAUCUUGACCCGACACUGAAUAGGCCUAUUGCAGGGUUCAUCAACAUUUGUCCAGGUGCCACAACAAUACGAGAAGAUCUCCAAGUGUUAGUACAACAUGAAAUCUACCAUGCACUAGGUUUCUCACCAAGCUUGUAUGCUCUUUUCCGGGAUCAAAAUGGGGACCCCUUGACCCCCCUUGGGGACGAUGGCUUCCCCACUGAAUUUAACAGUGGGGGAUACCUUCAAUGGAGUGACCGUGUAGCUCGAACCAAAACCCUAGAUUGGGAUAUCCGUGGGGGUCAAAUAGAACGAAACGUGACGAUCAUGGUAACACCUAACCUUGUGAAAGAAGCUCGUGAAUACUACGGAUGUGAUACCAUUGAGGGAGUCGAACUGGAGGACGAUUAUGGAAGGUUUCCAUCUGGAAGUGCUCUCAGUCAUUUUGAGUCCCGAUUGAUGCCGACCGAGUCGAUGGGGCCGGCUUUAACUAAUGGGCGAACAUUCUCUCGUUUCACUUUGGCAUUCCUCGAAGAUACCGGAUGGUAUAAGGUGAACUAUGACCUCGCUGACCCAUUCACUUGGGGUCGUGACCUCGGGUGUGGCUUUGUCAACAAGAGUUGUAAAUGGUGGAUGGACACUCAGAGAAACAGAGGGUUGUCUCUAAGCCCGUACUGCGAAAAUUCCCUUGAACUGCUCUGUGACGUUGAAAGCAAUGCUGCCUUCUGUUCUAACAUAAAGCACGAUGAACCACUGCCGGAUCAAUAUCAGUAUUUUGAUUCUCUUCCCGGCUUCAACGAGACGGAUAUAUCUAGUGUUGGUGGUGCGUUUAUGUUCGAUGAUCAUUGCCCAACAAUUUUCCCUCUGGGUAGACUACAAACCAAUGAUUACAGGCGACAAACAUGUGACAAAGAAAUCAACGAAUGUGACAGUGACCCUUGCAACAAUGGAGCGACUUGCUCGGAUAUAAUAACGGGCUAUUUCUGUACAUGCACCGCAGAAUAUGCAGGGCGCCACUGCGAUUACGGUAAAACCGUUUGUUCCACAUCAAAUCAAUGUGCAAAGAAUGAGGUUUGCAAAGAUGGGCUGUGCAGCUGUGGACACGGUCGGAUCAGAACAGAAGAAGGUUGUCAAAUUCCGAGACGAUUCGACAUGUGGUUUCAAAUUACAGAGGUCAACGGGUCUCUUGCAAUAUACCCUGACACUUUCAAAUCAAGUGAUGAAAUAAUCAGAGGAGAACUAGAGUAUGCGAUUUUUCACCGGUUAUCAAGAUGGGAGAUCUUUGUUGACUCCGUAUUCAGUGUCGAAAUCAAGUCCUUCAAUGGGAGUCUCGGAGUAGAGAUAGACAUCGUUCUCGAUGCAGGUAGUACUCCGGAUGACGUAAUGAUUUAUGAUCUUAUGACGGAUUCUUAUUUGUUUGCCGCCGAAGAUCUGUCGUCUGGAUACACAUCUUACACCGUGAAUGUUAGCUCUAUCGUUGUUCAAGAUUUGGAUGAAUGCGAUGAAAUGGAAUACUCCGCUUGCUCUGUAUAUUCUACUUGCAACAACACGAUUGGUUCCUACCAGUGCUCCUGUUUGCCUGGCUUUGGAGAUCAGGGGGAUCCGACGGAUGGGCAAGGAACGGUCUGUAUUGAUAUCGACGAAUGCAGUAAUUCAUCCUUAAAUGAAUGCUCUCCGUUCGCCCGAUGCACGAACACAGUCGGUGGAUAUAACUGUGUUUGUCUCUCAGGAUAUGUAGACGCUACUGGGAGCUCUGGAAGAUUAUGUGCAGAUAUCAACGAGUGCAUCUCACAACCAUGCUUCAAUGGCGGUACAUGUAGGAACUUCAAAGACAGAUUUACAUGUGAGUGUGCUCCAGGCUAUGAAGGACAGAACUGUGAAACAAUGUUGGAGUCCUGUAUAACUGAAGACCGAUGCUCUACAAUAAAUCACGAGUUCUGCAGUAUAUCUGGGUUGUGUACUUGCAAGCAGGGUUACCGCAGAGGAAAUGGAAUAUGCCAGGCGAUUGGAAUCUAUAAAGGUUCGCUUAGGUUCAUAUCUCUCAACGGAUCGCCCCUGUUCUACACGUCUGCUCUGGCCGAUAGCUUAAGGGACGGGUUUCAACAAUUAGCCCAACAGCUACGAGGCACGCUCCUCUCUGCAAUCCCGGAUAUAUUGGAUGUGUCUUUUACCUCGUUCCGUGCCGGUAGUAUCAUCGCAGAGUUUGACCUGUUCGUCGUGGACGGAACGGCAAAAGUUGCAAUCACAACCGCGGUCAUGGAAGGCCUUGGCGACGGGACCCUCAUUGCGGGUCAGGAUAUAGUUGGUGUGGACCCGAAUAGCAUGAUCAUUGAGGACCAGAAUGAAUGCAUCUCCGCCGAGCUGAAUGACUGCUCCCUGGUGGCGGCUUGCACCAACGAGCCUGGAACUUUCUCCUGCGCUUGUCCUCUGGAGUACACAGAUAUCUCACCUACUGGUGCGGGCCCGGGAAGGGUGUGUGAGAAAGACCAAGUUGAAAAAACCGAUUCUAUGAUCACCAUCGUCAUUAUCUCAAUCGUCAUUGGUGUCAUUUUCGUCCUCUUCGUCGCGUUGCUCUUCUUAUUCAUCUGCUGUCAGAUAUCAGCAAAUAAAUCAAAGAAAACAGACACGCGGCAAAUCCAUAAUGAUCACUACCGUUACAAGUAUCCUUUGAGCUUAGACAGGCCGCAAUACCGAAACCAUAGAGGUCCAAUAGGAACUGUUUCGAACGCCGUGUACGGGUUCGACGAACCACCCAGUCAGCAUUUCGAUCAGGGGCACGAUCUAGAAUUUGGCCGACAUCGCUUGGGAUAUCCAAGUCGCCCUCGUUUGGCCCUUUCAUACCCCGUACAAUAUCAUUUGCCUCUUGAAUAUCCCGGUCACCACCGUUCAGCCCUUGUAUAUCCAGAUCGCCAUCCUUUUGCCGUGAAAUAUCCCAAUCGCUUUCGUCUAGCCCCGGAAUAUUCAGCCAAUCAGGGUCGUUUGGCUCUAGAAUACCCAUUAUCGAACCCGGUUGCCAGGGCAUAUCCCGAUCACCAUCGCAACGAAUUCAUUCUACGAUAGAAAAGGAACAAAAGGCAACAUCCCACGACCACAAAGCAACAUCCAACAUUGAUCUACGAUAAAUAGGUUGGAAACUUGAAAUAUAAAUUCCUAGUUUUGCAUCAUUUCCUCCUAUCGAUAAUCCUAUUCUAUUAAACUUCUAAUUUACUUUCAAGUGAUGCCUAACAGAUACAGUCAACGGUAGGACUACAUAUGAAUUGAGCAAUAUCUUUACUAAUUCGAGUAAAAUUGUGAAAAUUGAAUUUUUCAAUGGUCGCAGACCGGUAUAAUGUCAUGACACUAAAACCAAGUUAUCACGCCGUUUCCCCCUUAGCUUAAUUAUUUGGAUAUCAGAAACAUUCGUCUUUUUAUCUGACUUGUUGUUUGUUUGUUGAGUCUUUUCUGUAUUUCCCCCAUGUUUUUUAUUGAUCAUUAUUGAUAGUGUAAUAGCAUUAUUCGAGUUCCUCCCAUCGUCACAUGAUGUGUAUCUACUUUUACUUCAUUCCAUUUCGCCUUGUUCCUUCCUCUUUCUAUCUUUGGAUUCUCCUUUCCAAUCUUCUUAUUCUUAUCUUCACCCAACAGUCCAUUCUUCUUUACCGAGUUUGGCCAACUUGGUUUCAGUUGGUCACAACAUGGCGUACAUUCUAUGGUUUUGUGCUUGCCCGACAAAGCAGUACUAGCCAUAUUGUGCCCAACUCAAGCCGGGUUGGCCAGGCUUCCUUGAUCAAAGGCACUGACCCUCACCACAAAAAAAAGGUUGAUAUAACACGGGGAAAAUUGAAUUCUAAGAGAUGUGAUUUUUUU